UCUUCGCUCGACGUGUAAGUCACUCGAGACUCAUUCAAAGGCUUGGAAGCAAUUCGUGUGAAAAAUGUGCCAACAUUAUUUGGCAGGAGGUGUUGUCCUUGCUGGAUGAUAUUGAUGUGCCAAGGAGGCAUUCAGAUAUGUUUUCAUCGAAACCUUCUUAUGUGCGUGGCCUUUAGAAGAAACUUGUUUUAUCUAGUUCUUUUCAGCUAGUUUGCAUGUCUGCAUCGAAGAGGGCACGAUGCCAAGCGAAUACCUCAGUUCCAAAUUAGCGUGGCCUCCCGCCGCCACCGGUUUGUCGAACCCGGUUAAGAACGACUUUCCCGUCCACUUGAAGAAUCUGGAUCUUAUGCAAGAGACCCGGAAUGUGAAGCUGUCCAACGCUUUGUUUUAUUCCGUGCUGAAGGGACGCCUCCAGAAGACGAAAUUCCUCAUAGACCAAGGCAUAAACGUGAACGCCCGCAACGACCACGGUUACAACCCCCUGGUGGCGUCGCUGCACAUCGACAAAGACAGCAAGAGACGCAAAAUGUUUCGUCUGCUUCUACAGAAUGGCGCGAACCCGCUAGCGCGCGACGUUCCAAACAACAGAGACGUGUUGUCGUGGGCGUGUCUGCUUGGCUGCUCGGAGCAGGUCGUCACCCUCCUGACGGACUUCGGAGGAGACAUCCAUCUGACCGACCUUGACCGCCAUGGGUUGACCGCUUUUCAUUACGCCAUCCACUCAAACAAGGAAACUGUCGUGCGGAGUCUGAUCACCAUAUUCAACAAAUACAACAUAUCGGUGGACAUACAGGACGGCCAAGGCAUGACUCCCUAUGUCCAUGCGAGGAGAUUGGGAUACGUAGAGAUCGCAGACUUACUGAGGAACGAAGGGAAUGCUUCCAUCGGCCACGCAGACAAUGUCAGCUUCAAAAGUCCCAGAGAGUGGUCGCAGAUUGGUAGAUUUGAACGGCAGUGGGACGAUUAUCACACAACGAAGAAGGAACUCGACAGAGCGAGAAUAUGUGGGAGGCUAAACAGAGCCAAGGCACUGAAGGAGGUGAGGAUGCCAUCUGUGCCGUCCAUGACGUCUUUCCAGGACGACGAUGCUCCCUCCUUAAAGUCAUACGCGGCAUCAGAUGUUGGGCCUAGCACAGAGAGGAAAAGUCAACGAUCUGACGGUAUAGACUGGUCUUCUAGUCGAGCAGCAACCAAAGCUAAGGACUCUCGAAGGCUCGUUCAGAGUGUGUGUACGUUUCCUCCAGACAGGAUGAACAACUCCAAGCCACCCGUUUUGGAGAAACGGAGUUAUCUUCCCAUGGACACGUACUUUGAUGACGAUAUUGAUGCUCAGAGCAUCAAGACGAGAUUUUCCAACAAAGCGGCCUUGAAUCUACUAGCUAUGACGUCAGAUAAAGGAAAGCUAGUGGCCAGGUUCCACAGCAGUAAAUUCGACGAAUCAAAAUCAUCUCAGUACCAUACUGGCAACGUUAGUAACUUUCUCACCAUCCUGUCCGACCAAUCAUCGUCCUCGUACAGACAGUCGGUGACAGUUCCGCCUCCACAUGUUCCAACCCCACCUGCUGCAAAACACAAGCCAAAACACAAGAGCAACGUGUCUACUCUGGCGAUCAUAAUGGGAAGACAGAGAAGUGGAAGCAAAAAGAGGAAAACUCCGAAUCUAUCUAAAGCGGCCGAGUCCCGCAGAAACAAGAACAAUGGCUCAUACUUGGCUAAAACUUCAAAGACGAAAAACAAAUCAAAGCAUUUUGUUUUGCCAAAUAUUAAACUCAACGACCGUGCAUUUUGAAAGAUUUGGUAACCCAUGAUGCAAGGAUUGGUGUUUUCCGGGAAGUGUUUUCAAGGUCACGGUCAAGGUCAUUUGUUUCAUUCCAUAAUGAGAUCAAGCUGUUUGUGAAGCACGUGCCGCGUGUGCACGGAUUCUCACAGAGGGGAAAAUUUAUAAUAUUCUAUAUUCUUUUUAUAUGUGUAUUCUUACAUAACAAAAGGAAAUUGGUAUGAUCGAUGUAAAAGAUUUCAGAAAUUUAUAUAAUCGAUGUAAUACCCGGCGCAGACGAGCGUUUUUUAACGCAUGCGUCUUGCGUUAAAAAACGCAUCCGUACGAACGCAGUAAAAACGCAUCGUGUGCGACCCCCUCUGCGUUGCGUUUUUUAGCUCUGCGUCGAUUUUUCAAAUAUCAAACAUGUUUGAUUUUAGACGCACAAACGCAUCCGUCUCCUGCCGCAUCCGUCUAAAUACGCACGUGUGCGCCUACUUGCGUCUGCGUUGCGUUCACAUUUUUAU